AACUACAGUACCAUAGCUUGCUCUUCAAAUCUCAUAGCAGGAGGCUGAUUCUGCUGCUUUGCAAUUAGUUUGAAAUCAGACACCAAUAGAUAGCUCUCACGAUUCAGCAGCAAAAUCCGGACGGUGUGCUGGCUGACAACGGGUUACUUGCCAGUGGCGGUGACGCCUUAUAACUGGAGUUAGCAAGCUCCGGAUUUCUUUGCAGCGGCUUCCUUACGUUUAUACUGGCUUUUUGUGUGGAGACCGUGCUUGAUAGACCGGGCAAAUCUGGGUACGAUUCUCGGCAACAUGGACCUAGAUGUGAUAGAGAUACCCUCGUCUCCGGAACCGAGACCUUCAUGUAUAAAAGCUUCUGUUCGUAAACAAAGAAGAUCCCGUCGCCCUAUCCCUCAGGGAGACAUCAUCGAGAUCACUGACUCGGAGGACGAGUUCGCAAUUCGAGUCACGCGCUCUCGAACACGAAGCAGGAAACCAACACCUUUACGAUCACAACCUCGUGCUGGGCCGUCUAAACCACAGCCCGUGAAGGAAAAGCCAUAUCCACUCUUUCUCCCGGAUCCGGAGGAGUCAUUUCCAGGCCCGUCUAACCGAAUGUCAUCUCCUCAGCCGGCGCCCCUUGCUCACAACGAGGACCAUGACCCACUCUUCAUGCCACUACCACCUUCACAGUCCGGCUCUUUACUGGAACCUAUUCCUGAAACUUCAGCUGUUCCUCAAGAGGAUGGACCCUACGAUCGAUAUGUUGCGCAAGUGCUGGAGAUUAUCCCUGAUGUCGACCCGGCACAUGUCGUAGAACUCAUAAUCCGACAUCAUGCUAAUUACAAGGAGAAAGUGGUUGAACCAGUCUUGCACGCGCUUUUCGAAGAUUCUACAUACCCAAAGAAGGUCGACAAGGGAAAAGGAAAGCGAAAGAGGGAACGUAGUGAUGAUGGAGGGGACGAGAGGCUGUCUGUCAAACAGCGGCAGUCGAACAAAGAGGAAGUGGACUAUUUGAAGAAAGAUUUCAAUAGAAUAGCGGGGCAGCAUUAUAUUGAAGCGGCACUGCAACAACUCAUGACAGAUUUUCCUCGAAUGCCGAAGAGCCACGUGCGCAAACGGCUGUAUGAGGAGGAAGGUUUUUACUCGUUGGCCUACUUCGUCUUGGAAAAGGACCAGAGCGUUACACCUCUGCCAUAUAGACCGAACUCUGCAGCUCGUUUGCAUGCGCACAAGAAAAGCAAGGGUAAAGAAGUACAACGCACAGAUCCUGAGUUUGAGAAAGAGCGGCAGUGGUUUCUGCGUAAGCUUCGAGAACGGAAUGCGGAGAAGGAGUCAGCGGUGGCGACACAGCUGAGCGAAAAAGAGCAAGAGGAUGCCGAGCCUGGCAUUGAAUGCGGAUGCUGUUUCACUGAUUAUCCUUUCGAUCAUAUGGUACAAUGUCCCGACGCUCACUUGUUUUGCAAAACCUGCAUGUGCACCUACGCCGAAACGCUGCUCGGGUCACACGAUCCCAACAUCAUUUGUAUGGAUCAAUCUGGCUGCAAGCUUCCUUUCCCUGAAUCCGAAUUGCGUCGAUUCCUCUCGCCAAAGUUAUUGUCACUGUACGAACGUGUGAAACAACGGAAGGAAAUCGAAGCGGCGGGUUUGGAGGGGCUAGAGGAGUGUCCGUUUUGUGAGUACAAGGUGGUAAUUGAGAAUGAGCAGGAAAGGCUGUUCCACUGUCAGAAUGAGGAUUGUGGCGCGGUCAGCUGUAGGUCAUGUAAGAAACUGGAUCAUCUGCCAAGGACUUGUAAAGAGGUUGAGGAGGACAAAAAGCUCGAUGCUCAGCACACUAUCGAAGAAGCCAUGACUCGUGCCCUCAUGCGGAAUUGCCCAAAGUGCAAGAAAGCUUUUGUCAAAGAAAUGGGGUGUAACAAGAUGACUUGUCCCAAUUGUCGCACACUGUCUUGUUAUAUCUGCAGGCAGGUCAUCACCAGUUACGAACAUUUCAACCAGCCACCGCCGUAUAACGUUCCUGCUGACAAGACAAAGUGUCCUUUGUGGGACUCCGUUGAGCAGCGUCAUUCAGACGAGGUUGCGGAGGCGGCGAGAAAGGCACUAGAACAGUACAAGCGCGAACACCCAGAUGUAGACGAGAAAGAUAUCCGUAUCGACAUACCGAAGGCACCUGCACCUGCAUCCGCACCUGCAAUUCCUGGGCACCCUAACGUCCAUAUACGUGCACCGCCCGUACCACUUCCUGCGCACUUGCCGCCUUUCCCGCCUUUGGCUGCUCCUGUUCGUAUGCCUGGUCCUGUACCACAAGUACCCAUGGCCCUUCCUCAAUUCCACCCCUUCGCGCCAGCAGGUAUCAAUCCCCAAGGCUUCCCUCAAAUGCAUUUUCAGCAGGGAAUCCGACAACAUCCCGUUCCGCCUCCACCGCAGCAUGUCAACGUAGCCCCACCACGACAAAGACCAGUCGUCGGAAAUGUCAUGAACUUGAAUCCUGCUGUUAGGAUGAACGGACCUGUUCCUGCAAAUUUUCAAGCACACUUCAUGGCAGGGCCGCCUGAUCUUCAGGCUACACGAGCAGCACAGAAUAUGGCUGCCGCAAACGUGUUGGCUCAUGCGCGUGCGAAUCGUGCUCAACUUCAUCGUGCCGUUGCGCCUGUACCUCCAGUUGCGGCGCCUGUCCGAGCGAGGAGGGCUGCAAGGCCGGGUACUAGCUUGCGUGAUUUGUUAUAGGUCCGCGCCCUAGUGUGGUGCUCUCAUCGGCAUGGCGGCCUCGGGGUUUUCUCGUUUCUUUGAGCUAGAUUGUCGUUCCAGUGGGGCUCGCCCAUGGACACGUUUGUUAAUUCAUUCCAAGUGCAAGCGGUAUUCUACAGCCCUCUAAUCCGUGUUCUAACCAUGUAUUUCUGAAUUUCUUGUACUUAUUGGUGUACGAUGUACCGCAACAUCACGAUGGUACUCGCCUCGUAGCGGCAUGCUUCAUCGUUUU